AUGAAAGAAAGAACAGAUGAUCGAAAAGUUCUUCUACAAGUCGACUACGCUGAAAAUUUUGUUAUGGAUCAGCAAGAUGCUAUUCAAGCAGCUCAUUGGAAUGCAGGAGCAUUAUCAAUAUUUACAGCACACGCAUGGUGUGGAGCGAACAAUUUUUCGUUUGCGUUGGUAUCUGACAACGUUACUCAUGAUAAAUAUUGUAUUCAUGUAUGUUUGAAUUACAUUAUUAGUGAAUUAAAACAGUAUUUUCCAAAUUUGGAAGAAAUUACGUUUUUCAGCGAUGGAGCUGCAUCGCAAUUCAAACAACGAUAUCUAUUUCAAAAUCUAACAAGAAUGAUGAUGGAACAUUAUUUGAAAUUAUCGUGGAAUUUUUUUGCCACAUCCCAUGGCAAAGGUGUUGUGGAUGCUAUUGGAGGUAUUAUAAAACGAAUGGUGUGGCAGGAAAUAAUGGCAAGGAAACAGUUAUGUCGAACAGCUACUGAUUUCGUUCGUAUUGCAAAUAAAAAAACAAGCACAAUUAUUGUUCAUGAAAUCUCUCAAACUGAGAUUGAUGCAUCGAAACAAAAACUUCAACCAUUAUUUGCUACAACGAAGUCGGUCAAGAAUACUCAAAAAUUGCAUAAUGUCGUGCCCAUUCGUUUGGAUGUUAUCGAGUGUCGUAUGUACGGUGAUGCAAAAUCGAAAUGGACAGUUGUUUUUUGA